UUUUGUACAAAUCAAUGCGGAGGCACUCCAGCUGAGAGUAGAGAACAACAAGCCGACAGACACAACUUAACAUUUUCUUGCGGGGGCAUUGUAUCAUUUAAAGAUAAUUUUGAGCUGAUCUUAGUUUCCCAGUGUGUUACGGACGGCGGUUCGCGGUUUUGUUUUCAGUUUCACCUUCACAGAAAUGCCUCUUUGGAUUUGGAUAUCGACAGUAACGUUACUUAACCAGCAGGCUGUCCUGCUAGUUUAGGUAAACAAGAUGGCUAACUAGCGAUCGAGUGUAAAAGGUAGUCUAGCUAGCUAGCUAGCGAGCUACCCGACUGGAUUGAUAUCUUAGAUAACGUUACUUAACGUCAUUGCUGGUUUAGCGUUAGCUAACCCGGCUAGCCGCUUCCUUCUGAAGACAUGGCAGAGUUUCUGCAAAGGCUGAAUGUUUUAAAAGUUGGGUGGCAAGUCGUGAGGUCCAGCAGUUUUGGUGGAAGGCUUCCACGGAGAUGUUUUUCUUCGACAAUCCCACACCACUAUAACCAUGGCCAGCCUUCCUUUGGGCUGCUGUUCGACAUUGAUGGGGUUCUGGUGCGGGGAAGAACGCCCAUCCCUGCAGCGAAGCAGUGCUUCCGAAACCUGGUGGACAGCAGGGGGCAGUACAAGGUUCCUGUGGUGUUUGUGACCAACGCAGGGAACUGCAUGAGGCAGACCAAGGCCGAGCAGCUGUCUCACCUGCUGGAGGUGGAGGUGUCCCCGGACCAGGUGAUGCUGUCCCACAGCCCUCUUCGGAUCUUCAAUCAGUUCCACAGCCUGUGUGUGCUGGUGUCGGGGCAGGGUCCGGUGCUGGAGGUGGCGCACAAUCUGGGAUUCCAGAACGUCGUGACCAUCGAUAUGCUGAGGGACUCCUAUCCCCUCCUGGAUGUGGUGGACCACAAUCGCAGACCCAAAGACAUGGUGCCCCCAACCAAGGAAUUACCUCCCAUUGAAGCCGUGAUUCUUUUUGGGGAGCCAAUCCGAUGGGAGACAAACCUGCAGCUCAUUGUUGAUGUGCUUCUGACCAAUGGGAAGCCAGGGAACCCUGUGACAUCACCACACUACCCUCACAUUCCUGUGCUGGCCUGUAACAUGGACCUCAUGUGGAUGGCGGAGGCUAAGAACCCCAGGUUUGGUCACGGGAUGUUCCUCGUGUGUCUGGAGAGCAUCUAUAAGAAGAUCACCGGGUGCGAGCUGAAGUACGAGGCUCUGAUCGGCAAACCCAGCGUCGUCACGUACAACUACGCCGAGCUGCUGGUGCGACAGCAGGCGGAGAGCCUGGGCUGGACCGAGCCCGUCCAGAGGCUGUACGCCAUCGGGGACAACCCCAUGGCCGACAUCUACGGAGCCAACCUGUACAACCGCUACCUGCAGGCGUCUCGGCAGGCCCAGGUGCAGGCUCAGGUAAAGGGCGGAGUCGGGCCGGUGGGGGCGGUGCCGGCCGUGGAGGGGAUGGGGGUGUCGGAGGAGGCGGGGGCGGGGGGCGAGUGUGGGCAGGGGCGUCUGCCCGAGGCCUGCCUUUCCAUCCUGGUCUGCACCGGCGUCUACAACCGGGAGGUGCCGGCCGACCCCCUGCACACGGUGACGGAAUGCAUCUUCCACGGACACCGCGACUUCCGCUUCGACCCCAGCCUCACGCAGCCCUCCUACGUGGUGCAGGAUGUGCGUGAGGCCGUCGAGCUGAUCUUCCAGGAGGAGGGCUGUCCGCUCGACUAGCUGCUUCCUGUGUCUCUGCACUUCCUGCGUCUCUGCACUUCCUGUGUCCCCUCCGCAGAGUCCGGACUCGGGGUCGUCUUCACAGCUGCCCGAUCCACACCACCACCUUUCAGCCUGGCAUCACAGGGCCAGUGGGCCUCUUACCAACACGUUUUACAUGUGCUUUUAUAUUAUGCGCUUUAAAUUUUCUAAUGGCUUUUAUAUUAAAUAUGCAUUUUAGAUAUGCAUCCAUUUUUACACAACAUUAUUUUCUAUGCAUGAGUUCACUGUCUUCAUUGGUCAAGCGAGCACAGUGUUGCUUCUAAUACAUUUCAGGUUUUGAAGUGGACUUGUUGAUCUGAAAGUGUCUGAAGCAGAUGCAAUGUCAGGUGUGCUGUGUCCGGGAUCGGUACGCCAUUGGCCUUGUAGGGUGCCUUGGUGCAUUUUCUUCCAGCAAGCAAGUCACCUUCUUAUCUCUACCACAUCACCUGACAACUGUUUUCUAGGCCAAUAAAUAUUUACUUACUAGUGAAGUCGACUCACAUUAUCCAAUUAGAAUAAAUGAAAAGAUGAAUGACAUCAUAGGAUCCCUGUCUUUAACUGCUUAGAGUUGGUGGGAGGAGUUAGGAUUUCUAGUUUUGCAAGCGUUUGGAAGGCAAAUUGUCCCCGUUCUCAUUACUAUGCAGAGAAAACUUGGGGUCACCAUCAGGCUGACACCUACAGGUUCCAUUUAACACAGACAGCUGUAGCAAGGGUAUUGUCAGCAUUUUAACUGGGCUCUUCGUUUUGUUAAGAGAUGGGCCAGUUGCUAGCGUUAUACUGUUAUGCAGUUCAAGGGUUUUUAUUCUUUUUUAAAUAGUUACAUCGUAUGUGUUGAGUCAGUUUGCUAACAGCCCUCUUACCUUUUAGCAUCAUGUUACAAUUGCAACAGUGUUAUAACUGCGUUUGAAAGUUUGUUAAUGUAUCAUUUGACUGAAUUUGCUGCCAGAUAUUUAAGGCAGCAGACAUUAUGAAGGAAGGCUUGGAGAGGGGGGUGAGUGCAGACGUCGGAGCUCUCUCUCUCUAGGCCUGUAGCUCACUGGGAGCUGCAGUUAGUGGAAUGGUAUGAGGCGAAUCUCAGGACUUCCUUGAUGCAAAAAACAGUCGUUUCUGUUCCAGCUUUGCGGUCGAGCUUCCUCAGAAAUAUCAGGCGGUGAUGUCAGGGAGGGGUGUGGAUUCAUAUGCAUCAUGACAAAAACUUCUGGGACUCCACAUAGUUUUCAUGCUUCCAUGCUAACAU